AUGGAUGAUUGGAGCUCGAUGUUCACUGAUGAGGAGUUGAGCCUCCUGAACUUCACUGAAUUGGAAUUUGUCAAGCCUGAGGACCUUGGUCCUGUGCUGGGGCCCCGUCACCUGUCCGCCCUGGUGUUCUAUAGCUUGGUCUUCCUGCUGGGGGUCCCGGGCAACGCUCUGGUGGUGUGGGUGACGGGCUUCCGCAUGCGGCGCUCAGUCACCUCUCUGUGGUUCCUCAACCUGGCCCUGGCUGACCUGCUGUGCUGCCUGUCCCUGCCGCUCCUCAUGGUGCCCUUGGCCAUGGACCAGCACUGGCCCUUUGGCCCCGUGGCCUGCAAGCUGCUCAAGGGACUCAUCUACCUGGUCAUGUAUUGUAGCGUGCUGCUGCUAGUACUUAUCAGCCUGGACCGCUGGCUGCUGGUCAGCUUGCCCGUGUGGUGCCAGAACUGGAGGAGGCCUCGCAAGGCCACCUGGGUAUGUAUCGGGUUGUGGCUCCUGGCCCUGCUGGGUAGCAUACCCCAGUUUGUCUACGUGAAGGAGGUCCAGCUAAGCACCAGUAAAUCAGAGUGCCUGGGAUCUCACACUAUAGUUAGCGGCUGGACUAUCACUACAGUACGCUUCCUGGUGGGUUUUGUGAUGCCAUUCAUCACCAUCGUGGCGUGUCAUUGGGUUGUGUAUAGCAGGGCCGGGCGGGGGUCUGGGGUGGGGUCUGGGAGGGUGAGUGAGGUGCGCUCCAGACGCACCUUGAGGGUCAUUUUUGCUGUGUUGCUGAGCUUCUUCCUGUGCUGGGUUCCACUGCACAUAUUGGAUUUCCUGAUCCUAUUGACCCCCCGGCACUCAUCGCACAGCGCCAACGUACAGCUGGCCCACACCCUGGCCCUCUGUCUUGCCUACUGUAACAGCUGCCUCAACCCUCUGAUCUAUGUGUGUCUGGGACGAGGCUUUAAGCAGAGUAUCAAUCGUUCCCUGCGCAGUAUGUUCAACUUCGCCACCGAGGAGCCGCUACCCAGAAAGAGCAUGUCCAGGAGCACAUCAGAAAGAACCCAGGAGAUGAAUAUUAUGUAAAGUUCUCUGUGUGUGUGUGUGUGUGUGUGUGUGUGUGUGUGUGUGUGUGUGUGUGUGUGUGUGUGUGUGUGUGUGUGUGUGUGUAAACCAUGAGAACCUGCUGAGUCAGAGUGUUUUGUGACAUUAAAAAGUGCUGAGAGACGUGAUUCGAAUCCAAUGUUGUGCAACAGAACAGGAACUUCUGCCCUCUCUGUAAUAUGUUUCCGCCAGCAAUCACACUUGUGCAAUUAGAUUUGGCUUUAUCUGUAUUUAAGAGCUCUAUUCAAUCAGAUCCGCUUUAGCUGACAUCCCCAAAGAGGUUGUUUUGGCGGUGUGAGAGGUGGAACUGCGUUAGAGCUGUCAAAUCCACAAGCGGAUCCUGGCAUUGCAGUAUACCUGAAGCGGACAUUGCCAUUUGCUACAUAGAGUCGCACGAACAGAAAUCCCAUGCAGUGGAAUGUGAGACAGUGGAAUGUGAGAUAUAAUCUAUACCUCAAUUAGGCUGAUAGAAAUCCUCAUUAUUUUGUUUAAUGAUUUUCAACUUGACUGUGUGGCUUCAUGACAAUGAUCAAGAGCAGCUGCUCACCGAUUGGAUAGCUCUAAUGUAUUUACACCUCCAAAAUAUCAGCUAUGUGAGUUUUUGUUAACGCUUGAUCUGAUUGAAUCUAGACUGUUGCGGGUUACCCUGGGGGUCGGGUGUGGGGCCACACCAGUGCCAUGAUUACUGUAUAUAUGUGAUAACCUUUGUAUGCUUGCAAUGCGCAAUGAUGGAAAAGUACUGGGUAAAUGGAGAUAUACUGCUUUAGUUCUCAGGCUGUGAAUUGUCUGCACCUGCUGAUAGUCACACAGGCUCAAGGCCGAGAUAGCAGAGUGAGAAACCACAGUCUAGACAUGUUUUUCUCAUCUUAGAUACUUUGUAUCUAAUCCAAUGCAACAAUGUUAACUUCUUAGUGAUGCCUUCAUGCGCCAAUCCCGUUACCGGGAUUGAUUUGACAACAACCAGUGAAAUAGCAGCGAGCCAAAUUCCAAAACAGAAAUACUCAUAAUAAUAAUUCAUAAAUCAUACAAGUGUUAUACAUCGAUUUAAAGAUGAACUUCUUGUUA